GCAGGCAGGCAGGCUGCUUGUGGCGUCGGCGCCGGAGAAGGAGCUUGCAGCCGCCGCCUUCUUGGACUCGCAAAUCGGGAGGCCUUGUGGGAUCUGUAGUCCCGCCGCCUCGGGCCCGCCGGGGGAAGGAGGAGGCGGAGGAGGCGGAGGAGGAGGCAGGCACACCGCGCAGACCAUGCCCGGGUUCACGUGCUGCGUGCCAGGCUGCUACAACAACUCGCACCGGGACAAGGCGCUCCACUUCUACACCUUCCCGAAGGACGCCGAGCUGCGCCGCCUCUGGCUGAAGAACGUCUCCCGGGCGGGCGUCAGCGGCUGCUUCAGCACUUUCCAGCCCACCACCGGCCACCGCGUCUGCUCCGAGCACUUCCCCGGAGGGCGCAAAUCCUACCUGGUGCGCGUCCCCACCAUCUUCCCCUUGCGGGGGGUCAACGAGCGCAAAGGGGCCCGCGGGGCCAGGAGAGCCCGGCACGCCCCCGCCGCCCAAGCCGCUGCCCAGGCGGCCGCCCAAGCCGCCGUCGCCGCCCAAGCCGCCGCCGCCGCUCAAGCCGCGGUGCUGCUGACUUUGCAAGAGGGGGCGGCCGCCCAGCCUGGCCAGGGCCUGGUCAGGGCGGCGGGAGGAGGAGGAGGAGGAGGAGGAGGUGUCAGUGGGGGGCCUGGGGGUCUCCCCGGGGAAGAUGUCAAGCCUAUGGACCUGACGGUGCAGGUGGAACUGGGGGGCCCCGGGGCCAUCGUGGGGGCCCCGGUCCACUUGGCUUUCCUAGCUGACAACGGGCCUCUGGUGGACGGUCCCCCGGAUCAUUCCUACUCGCUGUCCUCGGGCACCACGUCGGAGGAGCUGCUGCGCAAGCUGAACGAGCAACGGGACAUCAUCGCCCUGCUGGAAGUCAAGAUGAAGGAGAUGAAGGGCAGCAUCCGGCGACUCCGCUUGGCCGAAUCCCAGCUGCGGGAAGAGAUCAGGGAGAAGGACCGCUUGCUGCAUGCCGCCAGCAUGGCCGGCGGGGCCCGCAAGCGCCACGGCCUCUGAGGCGCCAAGGCCCUGCCGGGUCCCGAAUAUGCCUGGACGGGGAUCUUGAUGGUCAGGUGGGGGGAGGGAUCUUGCAUCAAAAAGACUUGCAGGGGUGGGAAAGCAGUUGUCAAGACAAAUGGUGCUCCAGGCAGUUGCCCAAAUGACAUUUUUCGCCCCGGUUAGGCAGCUCUGCCCUGCCAUGGGGGAGUGACCAGUUUUGAGCCCCUGGUUCUUCUCUGCUUCCGAAGCCCAGGCUUCUUCGUCCGAGCUGGCCCGGAUUAAAUUCACGGGACUUCAACAUGUGUCCUUAACAUUUAUCCCACUGACAAACUCUUGCUGCGAUACUUUUCAAAAGAUGGCCUGGGAUUCUGGUCAACGGCUUCUUACUCCUUGCAUUAAAUACUGUUCCGAGCAUAGUGGCAAGUUGGUGUAGCUGUUGCGGUACUCUGGGCGAUGCUGUCUCGGUUGGAACAAGUCCCUUUUUAGCAUUGCCCUCGUGAAGCUAGACUGUUGGCGUCUGCCACCUGCAGCCAAAUGUUGUACAAAGCUAAUUUUGAGGAAAGAAUCAGUUACUUUCUAGACAGGCACACCUGGGUUGUAAUCGUUCGUACUGGAGUAAAUGAAGACGGCCGGGGCGCAGUGUGUCACAGCGUUGUACCAGGAUUAUUCUGCGGGAAAUGUCAUGUUUAAAAAAUCACAGCCAUCAGUGCAUUUAUCUUUCCUUUUUAUGAAAGGGAGUUGUAGGCAUUUCUUCUCCCCUGCUUCCCAAAACCUUUUGAUGCAGAGUGUGCCAUUUUUAUUGUCAAAACGAAUCCUUAAUAUUUAAAAGAGGAUAUCAGGAGGAUGUUAGUUAUCUCCAUGUUGCUGUUGGGAGUUACUGUUUUGCUUCUAUUCCUCUUUCAGCCGACAAAGUUAUUGCGGCUUUCCUGACAUUUCAUGAAUCCGUGUCCUUCUGGGCAUUUAAACAUUGCUUGUUUCAGUUUUCAACAAAUGUAUUUUUCCCUUGGAAAACCUGUGAGGACAGUAGCUUUCCUUUAUAUUUUUCUGGGGUAUAUAGUCUCCUUAGCAUAAGAGCAAUGAGGUUAACCUCCCAAAAUUACUUCUGAAUCCACUAUAUUUCCUCUUGGGGGGAAAAAAACGCCAUGCACAUAAGAUUGCAAAACUGAGCUUAAGAGGAAUGGGUGCAGAGUUCAAGUCCUAAGCAGUUUUUUCACUCUGACAUUCUCCAGAUGCAUUAAAACUACAACUCUUAUAAAAUCUCUAAUCAUAACAUCAUGUAGCCCACUAGUGGUUUGUUUGUAGACUGAUACUUUAUUUGGGGAAGUCAGUGGUUAGCUUAUAUCUCUGUAAAACUGUUGCCAUUUGUUUUAAAAGAUGUGUGAGGAGGAAGGACUUAACUUUAGUCAUGAAAUGAUGUUAAUUUUUUUGCAUCCAUCCACUUAUGGUAGUAAUAUAUUUCAAAUACGUACCAUAAUACAUUGUUUUCUCAGCUCUUUAGGAGAUAUCAGACUUUUGUUUAAAUUAAAAGGAAGGAAAGAGUAAAACAUAGGGUGAGGGUGUUUUUUUUCUAAGUUGUCACUUUUUUGCGUCAUCUUAUUAAUAAGCACAUUGACUUUUGCAUUUCCAGGCUUAAAUGUUUAUUUUGUUGGAGCUGCUGUGACUUGAUGACAUUGAUGAGGAACAGAAUGGCCAGCUGUCCAAUUUUUUUUUUAAUUGAUUACAGUAUUUUUUUCCCCAGCAUCAAUAUGAAUAGGAACCACAGUCGUAUAUAUUGGUUAUAUAUGUUGUACCCAUCCACAAUUAAAGUUAAUUUUUAAAGCUUGAAAACAUACUAUGAUGAAAGUAUAUGUUCAACGUGAUUAUUCUUUCCCCCUAUUAUACUACAUCAUAAGAUUCACCCAGUUCUUUUGUUCUUCUGCAGUUGGUGUAAAUGACUGUAUAGGAUAUGACAGUAGAAAUUAGGAUUUACCUACAUUCAAUGGGUUGUACGAACUCUCAGCUGUAGUCAUUGAGAACUCUUAUCCAGUCCUUUUGAGUAGCGGUUCCAAGAACAAUGUCCAUUUUGUGCUAUUAUUUUGGACUUAACUCCAAAUUUAGCAGAUUUCAGUGCUGCCCUAUAUUUCUGAUACAGAAUACCUUUGCUAUUUGAGUGUUGCAUUUAGGUCAGGUUUGGGCACACCCCUUUAUGUUUUGCUCAUUCAUUUUUUAGGAUCUUGGGCAAAACAUUGGUUUUCUCUCUCUCUGUAAAUAAAUGCCUGUGCAUUCUAGCUGGCUGAGAGUGUUUUGAAGGUGUGUGUUGUGACCAAUGUGGUACUUUUCUACCAUCAUUAUGCACUAAAACAUGUUCAGUUGAUUGGACUGCUGAACUGGUUAUGUUGGACUGUUCUAUUUUCCUGGUUAUCCUGAGGUGCUAACAAAUAUGCUUAAUUUGAAUAAAAUCUAUUUUGUUUUG